UCAUUUUCCGAAUCAGAGUGGAAUCCUGAGCAAGUUGCCAAAUGGCUACGCAGGGUUCAACCUGAAUAUGAGGAGGAAGCAAGACUAUUCGAGAGUAAGCAGCAUUUACAUAACCUUAUCAAAGUUUUGUGAUUUUGCUUUGUUUAACUAAUUUUGUCCUUAUAGUUAAUGUUCCCAUGAAAUAUAAUUACUCCUUAAUAUUUUAAUUGGUGGUUUCUUAGAAGCAGAGAUAACAGGCAAAGCACUGGCAAUAGUUGAUAGACAGUGUCUUAAAGACAUCGGAAUAGCAUCUAUUGGUAAACAACUGACUAUUCUGGGUUGUAUCAAGGAGCUCAUGUCAGGUUAGUAAAUUUUUAAAAUUAUGCUUCCAUCUCAUAGCAAAUUCACUGCAAGUGAUCCCACAGUGCACUUGCAAAUGCUUUCUUGACUUUCUCAGGGAUCUGUUAUUGGUACUAGUUGUCUUUGCAAUUAUAUGAUUGACAGCAGUCUAUAAUUCAAGUACUAUACGUUGGUUGAGUUUUGAAAUGAGAAUUUGCAUGUUAUUCCUAAGAGUAGUAAUUUGACCAAUUUUUCUUCUAGCGUAAAUGUGAUUUUAAUAUCCUUGCACUUUUCAAAUUUUCAGCAAAAGACAAUAAUCACAAGGCAAGUUUGCCUGGUGCCACACCUGAAUCUGAACAGCAUAUGAAGGUGAAAAUAACCAAGAGUGAUAAAAAGGCCAUGUCUCCUGAAGAAAAGCGUCUAUAUCACAGCAAGUAACAGUUUUUUUUCUGAAAAGGGGGGGACUACUGACCUGUACAUGAACUCAGCAUUUGUAAAUUAAUUUUUUUAUUUAUUUACUUUCUUUAAUUUAAUUUACACUGUUUCUUACAUUCUCAGGAUAAACAUCAUCAGAAAGGAAUGUGGGAAACGGUGCGCAGGGAAUGAGAAGAUAUACUUUAAAAGUAAUAAUGGCAACAGUUUGGUAUUAUCAGAAAUGUGUUCAUCUUUACUGCCUGUCUGUGAGAUCAAGAAAAUAGGAUUUGGCCAAAGUAAGGACAGCCCUUCAAAUCUUGAAGUCGGGGUACCACAAGGUUCCAUUUUAGGUCCGCUUCUGUUUUCUAUCUAUAUGAAUGAUCUACCCCUCCUGUUAAAGAACACUGAAGUCGACAUAUAUGCCGAUGAUAAAACGAUCUGGUUGAGCGGAACCAAUUGUACAGAUAUUCAAAACUCUUAAUAAUAGUCUAGACAAAGCCAACAGUUGGUUUAAAUUGAACAGGAUGAUACCAAACACAAAGAAGACCAAACACCUGCUAAUUGGUUCUGUUCAAAGGCUAUCCCAAAGCAGCGAGACUACAAUGGAAAUUUAUAUUGAUAAUAUCAAAUUAGAGGAAGCGGCAGGGGAAAAGCUGCUCGGAGUUGUCAUUGACUCAAAUCUUUCAUGGAACCUACACAUUGACUGUUUGAUUAAAAAGUUAAACUCUAGAAUAUGUCUCCUUAAAAGAGCAAAGGUUUAUUUAACCUUUGUUUGCAGGAAAAUGUUAUACAAUGCCCUCAUCAAGCCAAUACUAGAGUAUUGUUGUACGGUCUGGGACAACUGUACCGUUGGUAAUCUCCAAAGAGUUUUACGACUAUAGAAACGAUGUGCUAAGCUUAUUUUAGAUGCUGAUACUCACGAAAACUCAGUCAAGCUUUUUAACAAAUUACAUUGGCUGCCUAUAGAUGAUAUCAUACGUAUUAGGAAGCUUUAUUUGCUUAAUAAAAUAAAUCAAGGACAUUGCCCAGCUUAGUUUAAUAAAUAUAUUGAACAUAUAAGUAACACCCAUAAUUAUAACAAGAGAUCCGCUUCUAAUAACAAUAUUACAACACCAGCUUGUAAAAGGAACUCUGGCCUUAGAACGUUUCACUCAAGCGCUUGCCGUUUGUGGAACGCUCUUGAUCCCGAACCAAAGACACUCUCUCAUACUAAUUUUAAAAAUUACUUAGUUAAAUUUUACCGUAGUAUGACUUCUUUUCUUGAUCAUUUUAAGAUUCGUAAAACUUUUUAGUUUCAUUAGUAGUAAAUCAAUCAAUAUUGUAUUAAUAGUAGUUCUUAAUGUAAUUUUAGUUUGUAGAUUAUAUAGGUAGUCAAUUAUUCAAUCGAUACAUCUUAGUAUUUUAAUUGUAGGAGGGCCAUUAUGAAAACUACUGGGUGACCAGUAAUCAAUGUCUUUACCCUCGUUAAAUAAAGUUAUUAUUUAUUUAUUAUUUAUUAUUAUUAUUUAGAACAAGCAAAUAGCUCUCAUGAUACUACAACAAAUUUCCAUAUCAAUAGCUUAAACAAUGACAUAUUUGGGUUACCAAAAAUUAUGCUAGCAUGCCCCGAAAUCCACAGUACUCAAAUAAAUGCCCCCUCUACUCCUGUCGAGAACGAUUUCUUUAUAAUUAAUGAUUAAUGUUAUAAAUUGUCACACAAUGUAACGAAAUACUAGACUGAUUGUAACGCGAAUAGGAAGAUUUCGUGACAUGAUAUUUCACAACGUUGUAAACAAAGUUCAACACUGAUUUGCAUGCGUACAGUGAACUAAAUAACGGAAAGAAACGUGUAAUUGUGAAAUUGCAACUAAAAUAGGGUAUAUUAAAGUACUUUGGGAUUGGGAAUUUACUGAACUCGUGAUUGUGGGUAAAUUACUUUAUUUUGCAACUAGAACUGUAAAACAAAGUAGCACUGAAUUUUAAGGGCAGAUUGGUUUUAGAUCGUUAGAGUGUUAGUAUGUUCAGAUUGUCAGGAGUGAUGGAAAAAACUAAACGCGUUUAGGAAACAAAGAAGUAUACAGUCCUCUUGAUUCCACGACAACUCCCUUGUGAUUAUGUGGAUGGAGGGAAUGUAUAAUCAUUCAGAUCAUUUGGUUAUUUUAAGAAUAUAACUACAAAUUUAUGUCUGCCUGGCUUGCCUUUCAGUCAUUGAGUUUUGACCUAAUGCCUCCCCAAAGUAACUCAGAAAGGAAUUGAGUGUUUAUUAGACAAAAUAUGGUAACCGUUUUAACUGGCAUAAAACAUUUUAUGCUGUCUUCUAGUCUUUAGCCAGUAAGGUGCAUUACAAUAUAGAAUACUCCAAUCUCAGAACAAUAUUUGACUGGUCAAACUCUUAGCAUAUAAUUUUCAAAGAAUAGCUUACAGCACUGCAUUAUCAUCAGCUAAGCUUCAGUUCUACUACAUAGGAUAAAAUUGAUUCAGUAUUAAUCGUAUGGUAGUCUUGUUUUGUCAUGAAAUCUUCUUUUUCAUCUUAUUUAUUUUAGGUGCCAUAAGACACCACAUCCUCCAAUGGGCUUCAGAGAGAAAUCGAAAAAUCAGUGACGGAUAUGACUUUGAGGUAUUUUUUUAUUUGUAUACACAGCUGUACUAUCCAUGAAGCUGAAGCAUACAUUACAAUAAUUAUUAUUACUAGAUGCUGUGUCAGAGAUUGAUGGAAGAGCUAAUAAGGUUUCCAGCCAAGCAAACGUUCUCAUAUGGAUUUUUAGUUUUGCCAAUACCAUGAUGAUGGAUUCAAUGAUGACAUGAUGCAUACAGCCACCCUAGCUUUCUUUUAUCUUUAUCCUGAUAGAAAACUAGAACCCCAGCCAAGAGAGCAAAAGCUUCAUCAUCCUCAGAUCUCGAAGACAUGAGUCAGAGUAUGAUUGGUAAGUGUCCACUCAGAACAUUGCUUUGUAUCAAUACUGUUUCAAUGACCUGCCCCAUAUUAAAUCUGCCAGUGUCAUAUCAUCCAUAAAAGAGGGAGAUAGUUGGACAAAGUACCCAUAUGUACCUGUUGUCAAUCCUUUGACAAGGCACUUUUCAUUCUACAUCUGAUGUGUAUAAAUUAUUGGUACUGGAGGAACCUAACAAACUGUUGUUUGGUAUUCCUGCAGUGAAACUGCAUACAAUUUGUAGCAUCCCAACCAGGGGGAAGACGCAAUACUCCUAUGUUGCUUCCUGCUACUGAAACAGGAAUUAAUACUAAAAUAACAGCCAGCAUGAUGAGCCACUAGCUAGGUUUGGAGGUAGGCGCUGCCUAUAUACACUGUAUCUAUAUUGUGCUGUAAUAGUAUAGUAAGUCCCCCAUUGAUGACCUACCCAUACUUCUAUGUUUAAAGUCACAGCAAAAAUUAAUGAUUUUAUUUAAUUGCUGUUAAUGUUUUAUUUCAGCUGUGACAGACACAUCCAAGCCAGAAUCAACGGAAACUGCUGAUACUGUUGAAGACAUCUCUAAUUACAGUGCACAGUUAGUGUGCGCUGUUAUCUUUCGUGUUCCGACAUUUCGAAAUUUAAGUGUUAAAAAGCACUUAGCUCCUGCCGCCAAACUCCUGAAGAUUAAGACGAGAGGUCAAGGGAAAUAUGACUUAGCAGUUAAUGUUGCAAUCGGUUUAGUGCAAAAGGGAUAUGUCGGUACUACCAAUCCAGACGUAAAUUACAAAGAGUUGGAAGGAGAACAAAUUGAAAUUUUAAAAGAUCUUGUGGAAGAGCUGUGUGUAGAGAACAUUAAGAAACAAGAGGCUUUAAGUAGUUCACCUUCAGGUAAU